CUCUCCUGCUCCAGUUCUCCCCCUUUCGCCUCCCUUUUUCCUUCCCUCCUCCCCCUCCUCCCUCCCCCUUUUCUCACCUCCUCCCUCUCCCUCUUCUUACUCAGCUUCCUAACACUACAGAGAAAAUGCUGCUAUCAGUGACUUCCAGGCCUGGGAUUUCGACUUUUGGCUAUAACAGGAACAACAAGAAGCCAUAUAUGUCAUUGGCGCAGCAGAUGGUACCGCCUAGUUCAAGCAAUAGCACCCCUAACAGCAGCGGUGGAAGCAGUGGAAGUGACCAGCUGAGCAAAACCAACCUAUACAUCCGAGGAUUGCAGCCAGGCACUACUGACCAGGACCUUGUCAAGCUGUGUCAACCAUAUGGCAAGAUUGUUUCCACUAAGGCCAUACUGGACAAGACCACAAACAAAUGCAAAGGCUAUGGCUUUGUGGAUUUUGACAGUCCUUCAGCAGCACAGAAAGCUGUGACAGCACUGAAAGCCAGUGGCAUACAGGCACAGAUGGCAAAGCAACAGGAGCAGGACCCUACAAAUUUAUAUAUCUCAAACCUCCCCCUGUCAAUGGAUGAGCAAGAACUGGAGGGGAUGCUGAAGCCCUUUGGCCAGGUUAUCUCCACCCGAAUACUUCGCGAUACCAGUGGAACUAGCAGAGGGGUUGGCUUUGCAAGGAUGGAGUCCACAGAGAAGUGCGAAGCCAUCAUCACCUACUUUAAUGGAAAAUAUAUUAAGACACCCCCUGGAGUACCAGCCCCAUCUGAUCCAUUGCUUUGCAAAUUUGCUGAUGGUGGACCAAAGAAACGACAGAACCAAGGAAAAUUUGUGCAGAAUGGACGGGCCUGGCCUAGGAAUGGAGACAUGGGUGGUAUGGCCUUGACCUAUGACCCCACCACAGCACUUCAGAAUGGGUUUUAUCCAGCCCCUUAUAACAUCAGCCCCAACAGGAUGCUGGCUCAGUCUGCCCUGUCCCCGUAUCUUCCACCUCCUGUGUCUUCAUAUCAGAGAGUGACUCAGACGUCUCCUCUGCCUGUGCCUAACCCGACUUGGCUGCACCACCAGUCGUACCUCGUGCAGCCUUCAGGUUCAGUUCUGACGCCGGGGAUGGAUCACCCCAUUUCUAUCCAGCCUGCCUCCAUGAUGGGACACCUUACCCAGCAACUGGGCCACCUCUCCCUCGGCAGCACAGGCACGUAUAUGCCAACAGCUGCAGCCGUGCAAGGAUCUUACAUUUCCCAGUACACACCUGUGCCUUCUUCCAAUGUCUCAGUCGAGGAGAACAAUGGCCAGCAGAGUCAAGUGGCAGUGGAUACACCCUCAGACCAUGGGGUCUAUCCUUUCCAGUUCAACAAGUAACAGUGGACAGCUGAGCCUGCUUGCUUUGCUAUUUUACAGUAAUUUUAUGGAUUUCUUUUUUUGAAUGAAAUUUCAUGUGGAAUUUUGAGGAGCUGGGCAAGGAACAAGGCAUACAGGAGCAUGCAGAGGAAGUGGCUCUUCUUUCCUCUGCCCUGCCAUAUCCUGAGCAAAAAAACUAGACCUUGUCUUCAGGAAGCAGAGAUGUGACCGAGGCUCAUUAAAGAGCCAAUCCCACAGCCCUUGGAAGCCACUCUUGAGCCCGAUUUGGUUGAAGCCUAGGUCUUCCCUGGCGAGUUCCAGAAUGGUGGAUUUACUGACUUCUGACUAACUUUUCUCCCUGCCAAGGCCAACACCAUCUGAGGAAAUGUCUUUUCCAGCUACAGCCUUUUGGGAAUAUCUGCUUUCCUGCCUCCUGGAUCUUCUUCUCUGCCUUGUGUCACAGCCCCUCUCCCCCCCUGUUGCACGUGGCUGUGCUCAGAGCUUUUGCAGCUGUGACCUCACUGAAUCCACAUGGGCUUUUUUCCCUACUGUGGAGGAUCCAUUGCUUUACCUAUAAACCAGUGGUUCUCGGGCAGAGGUGGUUUUAUCCCCAGAGACCGUUGGCACCAUCUGGAAACAUUUUUGAUUUCUGUGCCUGGGGGCAGUGGAGUGUGCACUGCUGGCAUCUUAUGGGCCAGAAGCCAGGGGUGCUGCUGAGCACGUGCAGGGCACAGCACAGUCUGCGGUACCUAGCAAAAAAUUAGCUGGCUCCAAAUGUCAGUAUUGCCAAGACUGAGAAAGCGUGAUGUAGAUAGUGCUGUUCCUGCCUCCCUGGGUAGGGUUAAUUCCCACCCCAACCCUGGACACACAGUGCCUUUUGAAACCAAUUCAACUGGCUGGGAGGGACUUAACCGGGAUCCUUGAAUUCUUCUGAGGCUGUGACCUUUGAUACCUCUGCAUACAGCAGGAGCUGUCCUCGAAAGGCUGGUGGCUGCUAUGUACAUGACAGAUACACACAUACGCGGAAGGACCGAGGUGGGACUGUUCUCUGUGUGUGCUGUGUAAGGCAGGAAAGGACAAAGCUCUCUUAAUUGUCCAGAGUGACCUGAUGUGUCCUGGUAUGUUUGGGUCCCUUCCCUGGGGAACCAGGAUAUCAGAAAUAAUUUUCCUUCUUGUGGAAGGACAACAGGGAGCUAGGAUAGAAAAGGGCAGUAAGUUCUAACUCAUUAUUUAUGAGGUCAGGAAUCCUUUUAAAAAGCCUGUGUCUCAUUCUUUACCUAUUCCCUUCUGCAAGACCUGACUGUGUGCACAGGGAGAUAGAUGGAAAAAAGCCUUUGCCCAUCUUCUAGGAGAUAGAUCCUGCUCCCAUCUCCUCCCAGCCAUCCUCUAAUGCACCGAAAGGAGAAUUCUGCUCCCCUUCAAGAUUAGGUGCCUCUUCUCCAGACAGUCAAAGAUAGGAGAAACAGGUAUCCAUUAAGCUGGCUUUUGAGGGAAGAAGAGGGGGAUAAUAGGGGAAGGAACAACUGUAGCAUCACGUUUGCACCUAGAGCCUGGGCCCCACUUUCCCUCCCUCCCCAGCCACUCCAGAAUUGAUAGUCCCAAUGCUCCCUACUGAGAUAAAGGCGUGGAGGGCAAUGGGCAGGAUAUAUCACAACUAAAGGACAAAAUUGCCACUCCUUUCUCAUUGGUGCUUCAGGAAGGGCUUCCCCACUGUCAUGUGGCCCCAAGCCCAGUAACCUUGUAGAAGGGCUUGGCCAGACAGAUGGCUUUUGUUUUUGAGUCUCCAGUCCUCCCUCAGUCAAUGAAAGUAAGCCAUAGCUGCUUUCUUGUCAGUGGACUUUGAGAUAAAGAGAAAACAAAUCUAGAAUUCUAUUCAUUUGGUAUGUCAGGAGUCAUACUGGAGGUCUAAUGCAAUGACGUAACACAGCUGUUCAUGUAGAAAACAGUCGUUGAUGUUGCCGCCCCUCCUCAGAACUCUGCUGUUCCUCUUCUGUAUUUAAAAACGAAUUUAAAUGGCUCUAAUUCUUUUUUUUUUUGAG